UAUUUAAAAAAAGAAUAUAAUUAAUAGAAUUUUGUUGUAUCCUUAAAAAAAAAUAGAGAAGUAAAAUAUAAAGUAUGGGUGAACGUUAUAAUAUACAUAGCCAGUUAGAACAUUUGCAAUCUAAAUAUAUUGGAACUGGACACGCAGAUACAACUAAAUUCGAGUGGCUUGUGAAUCAACAUCGGGAUUCCUGUAGUUCGUAUAUGGGACAUUACGAUUUAUUAAAUUUCUUUGCAAUCGCUGAAAACGAAACGAAGGCACGUGUACGAUUUAAUCUUAUGGAGAAAAUGCUACAACCUUGUGGUCCUCCUCCAGAAAAGCCAGAAGAUUAACCGAUUUUGAUAAUAAGAUCAUACUUAAGAUUUCAAUAAUACGUUUUUAAGUAAUAAUACGUACAUUACACAUUUAACCUUUUUAAAUAAAUACUAUUAAUUAAAUAUAUUUAAUACGAUUAUUUACAAAAGCAAUUUUUUGUAUAUAGAAAUAUUUUACAUAUCAAGCAAUAUAUAACAUUUAAAUAACGCAAUUUUUUUAAAAUGCCUGUAAAAUGUACUAGAAAUUGUGGCAAGAAUGCUAUUCUUAAAAGACCUAAGACCGCUGAUACAUUAUGCAAAGAAUGUUUUAUCUACGCCUUUGAAACUGAAAUACAUGACACCAUUGUAAAAGGAAAAUUAUUUAAACCUGGACAUAAAGUAGCUAUAGGAGCAUCAGGU